GUGGGUCCCCGGUUCCAGGGAUCAGCGAGGUUUCUUGUCCCGGCUCCGAUUUCCACCUCUGGACUGGAAUGCAGAGUCGGAUCCCCGCAGCUCGCCCGCAGCCAUCGCAUCCCGCCCGCUGAUCCCGGAGCGCCGGAGGACCAGGAGAGCAGCUCAUGGACACGGCGGGCCCCCCUGCUCCUGCGGGGACAGAAGGUGACGGCCCUGGAGGAAGCACAGGAGAGACAUCUAGACGACUGUCAAAAGAACAGAUUUUUGUCCUCGUAUCAGCAGCUUCCAUGAACUUGGGUUGUAUGAUGACCUACUCCAUCCUUGGACCAUUCUUCCCCAAGGAGGCAGAGAAGAAGGGAGCCAGCAACACGACGAUAGGAAUGAUUUUCGGAUGCUACGCGUUGUUUGAAUUGCUGGCAUCAUUGGUGUUUGGAAAAUAUCUUGUACACAUUGGAGCCAAAUUUAUGUUCAUAGCAGGAAUGUUUGUCUCAGGAGGAGUGACAAUUCUCUUUGGUGUCUUGGAUCAGCUUCCAGAAGGGCCGAUAUUUAUUGCCAUGUGUUUCCUGGUGAGAAUAGUAGACGCCAUAGGCUUUGGUGCAGCCAUAACAGCUUCGUCUUCCAUCCUGGCAAAGGCUUUCCCGAACAAUGUGGCUACAGUCAUGGGAAGUCUUGAGGUUUUCUCUGGACUGGGACUGGUAGCAGGUCCUCCUUUGGGUGGCCUUUUGUAUCAAUCCUUUGGCUACGAGGUGCCCUUUAUUUUUCUGGGGUGCAUAGUUCUGCUGAUGAUACCACUCAACCUAUGCAUUUUGCCUAGCUAUGAGUCCGAUGCAGGGAAACAGUCCUUCUGGAAACUUGUCACCUUACCCAAGAUCGGUCUUAUAGCCUUCGUGAUCAUCUCUCUCAGCUCCUGCUUCGGCUUCCUCGACCCGACCCUGUCUCUCUUUGUCAUGAAGAAGUUCAGUUUGUCGACUGGAUACGUGGGACUGGUCUUCCUGGGUCUGUCUCUAUCCUACGCCAUCUCUUCGCCGCUGUUUGGUCUACUCAGUGAUAAGAUGCCUAAUCUAAGGAAAUGGUUUCUGGUUUUUGGAAACUUAAUCACAGCUGGCUGCUACAUGCUCUUAGGACCUAUACCCCUUCUGCACAUUAAAAGUCAGCUCUGGCUUCUCGUGCUGGUGUUAGUUAUAAACGGGGUCUCCGCUGGCAUGAGCAUCAUCCCAACCUUCCCAGAGAUGCUCAGUUGUGCAUACGCAAAUGGGUUUGAAGACGGAAUAAGUACGCUGGGACUUGUAUCUGGUCUUUUUGGUGCCAUGUGGUCAGUUGGUGCUUUCAUGGGACCUAUCCUGGGUGGAUUUCUGUGUGAGAAAAUCGGUUUCGAGUGGGCAGCAGCUAUACAAGGUCUAUGGACUCUGCUAAGUGGUGUUGCGAUGGCCUUGUUUUAUCUCUGGGAGGACUCAACGAUGAGAAGAUCUAAAGCUCAGAACAUCCUCGGCACAGAGGAGGAACAAGCUGCUCUCUUGCCCAAUGACACCUAGCCUUGCAAGCAGUGGAUUGAUCCAGACCAAGAGACAGGUGCAGUGUCCAGGAUCACAGCCUGGAGGAGCUUCCUGUGUGCCACGCAGAGAUCCAUACUUCCUGCACUCACACACAGCGAUGUCAAGCUGCUUUUACGUGACCUGGAGCCAGGCUGUGCUUCGUGUAGUUCUGGAAAGCUGGUUUGCCAAGGCAGCCUUUUGGAACAUCUAUGAGAAAGGGCAAACCAACAAAAGCCGGGGUUUCUAAAGGACCCACCUUGCCCAUUGGGGUGUUUUUAUUGACUGUCUGUGUUUUCUGAUUCUUGUGUUCCCUUUUCACUCCAAGUUCACAGAUGCUGUGACUGUACCUCUUAAAAUCAAUAAGUGAAAAGAAAAAAGAAGCUAUUUAAUUUUCGUUGAACAUAUAAAAUAGAGAGAAUGGUUUUAUGAAAUUAGUUUUGAAAGAUGGCCUUUUUCUGCACUGAAGUUUGUACUCAUCGGAAAGGCAAAAUUCCUGCCUGCCAUUUAAAAACUCCAGAGCAUAUCUUGGCUUUCAGUUUUUCUAAAAAUGGUUGCAUGGUGGGUCCAAGCAAAAUGAUGCAUGCGCUUGGGUCCUGCGAUGUUUCCGGCCGUGAUCUGGGCUUAUACACAUUAUUUGCAUAACAUUGUUUCUGAUCUUAGCACAUCUGUGUGUUGGUCCCAUAAUUUGUUUGCUUAUUGUGUUUACGACUCCUCAUACUCCUGGGAAAUGUGUGCCAUCAGGAGGCAGGGCAACACCUGCCUCUGCCCAGCCGAGCGAGAGCCCUGUGCUCCACCUUGGAGAAAUACUGCCUCUAACUUCACAGAAAAUCCUUGCUGCUACUUGAAGUUAGAAUGUCAACUUUGUACCUCCUGAUUCGUUUUCAUAUUGUAGUAGCUACAUUUCCUUUCUAAGAGAAUAAUAAAUGAUUCUUGUCUA